AUGGAGGAUGAUGAAUUACCAUCGGAAUCUAUAUCACGUCCAUCGUUCCGUCGAAAUGCUCACAAAAAAAUGGUGUCUGCGAAUGCAAAUACUGCUAUGGAUUCAUCUUCAGAAACUCGAACAAAAAAAGAUAAACUAACAUCAACAACAACAAAACACGUUAUCAAACCAACAAAGCAAUCCAAUUCAAGAAAGAAAAAGCCCAUUAUUCGUCCGAUGUCCAAAUCCAGAAGAUUAGCAACAACUGUUGAUCAAUUAGAUAGUACAGAUGAUGAUAUGCAUGACGAUCAUGAUCGAACAACAACAGAACAAUCAGGUUUAAAUAAUUCUAAUGCACACGAAAUUAAUGAUCAGGAUAAAGAAACAGGUGUUGAACUUAAUCGUUCAUUUGCUAGUGGUGCAACCACUAACGAUGAACCAGGUGAACAUCAAAAGAAUGUGAAGAAAACUACAACAAAAUCGAAGCAAGAUGUAUUGCAAUACUUUGUGGAACAAGAUUCUGGAGAAUUAAAAUGUAUUUUAUGUUCGGAUUCUUUGAAACUAUUUCCAGCAAAAAGUGCAUCAUCCGAUUCAAAUUUACGAAGUCAUUUAGGACAUAUUCAUAAACUUGAAGAGUUUCUUUAUCCUUCUCAGCGAAAUCAAAAACCAUUAAAAGAACAAAAAAUAUCUUUUCAACAUGAAAACAAUCUAGAUUCAGCUGCUAUUAAUGCAAUUAUACAAGAUUCUCAUAUCUUUAAUCUCUUUCGAAAACCUGGCAUGAAAAAGUUUCUGUCAUUGGCUACACCUGGUUAUCGUGGUCCAAAUAGACGAACAGUUGUUAAACGUUUAAAAUCUAUGUAUAAACAACGUCGAUCAUCAAUUCGACAAGAAUUAUCUAUUGUUUCCGAUAUUGCUUUAUCAGUCGAUCUUUGGCAAAGUGUUCGUCGUGCCCAUUUCAUAUGUUUAUCUGCUCAUUAUUAUGAUAAACACUACAAACCACAUUUUAGUAUUAUUUCAUUUCGAAGAUUCAUUGGCACUCAUUCUGGUGAUCGACUUGAAGAUUUUAUAAUUAAUGAAAUGGAAAAGCUUGGUAUACAAUCAAAAAUAUGUUCUUUAACAACAGAUAAUGGAAGUGAUAUACGAUUAGCAUCACAAAACAAAUCAAAAUUUGGAAUAAGAAUUUCCUGUUUCUUACACAUUUUAAACUUGGUUGUUCGUAAUGGACUUUGGUUCUUUGAUAUACCAGUAAAAAAAAGUAUAACAACAACAUCAGCAACAAAUUUCACCAAAUCCAAUACAACAGCAUCAGCAUCGAAUUCCACCAACUCCAAUGCAACAUCAGUUACAUACACGGAUUCAUUAUUAGAAGAUAAUGAUUAUGAUUCAACAAUAGAUGUUGAUAAAGUUUCGGAUGAAGUUAGUGAUGAUAAUGCUAGUAACAUUUCAUCCGAACACAAUGAUCUUGAUAAAUCAUCUAGUACUGCAUCAACAACAAUCUCAUCAUUAGACAAUGGAUCAGAAUUGUCAUCUUUAGAAAAUGAUACUAGUGAUGAUGAUAUAAAUGCACCAUUAUUACCAUCAAUAAUCGAAGAAGAGGAAGACAAAUUUCUUUAUCAAUCAUAUCUUGAUCCAACAAUUUUAUUGACAAAAGUUCAUUUUAUUCUUAAACGUAUUCGUAACUUAGUUACAUUUAUACAUCGAUCAAGUGUGUUGCACCGUUAUGUUACUAAAGAAAUUAAAUUAAAAAUCGAAAAAUAUAAUCGUACAAUUGCAAUUAAUGAUCCAACCAAGAAGAAAAUAAAAUUCAAAGAAAUGACACUUGAUAUGAAGAUCAGAUGGUCUUCUACAUUUGCUAUGUUAUCUCGAUUCUUAUUUUAUGAAUCAGUCAUCAUCUCAUUAACCCAUGAUCCGUCUAAACGAAUGAAUUUAACACCACGUCAAUAUCGAAAAUUGAAGAAGUUGUCUUUUACAUCUCUUGAUUGGGCAAUAUGUAGAUCACUUGAAGCUGUACUUUCUCCUUUCAAUCAUUCAACAAAAAUACUUUCAAGUCGUCAACGACCAAAUUUAUCAAGUAAUAAAGCCAUCAUGGUUGCUUUAACAAAUUUUUUAACAACUAGUGAUGAUGAUUUAUUAACAUUAGAGGUUUUGUUCAAGAAACAACUAUCAAUUAUGUUUAAAUUUUAUCUAGAAAAACAUGUUGGUGAUGAACAAGCAAAAGCAACUUUAAUAGCAUCAUUUCUUGAUCCAACAACUUAUCGAUAUUUAACAUGUGAUGAUAAAAAAGAAGCUGAAGCGAUUAUAUCGAAUGAAGCCAUGGAACAUUAUGCAAAAAUAAAUUCACGAUCAUUGUCAUCGACAAAUUCCUCCUCAUUAUCGAACACAUCAUCAAAUAAAAAUCAACCAGAGAAUCAAUCCAAUACGUUGGAUAAUUUAUUUAUUGCUUGUGGUUUAUCAGUAAAUAUAAAAACAACAACUCUGACCUUGAAGCCAUCAAAUAUAAAAGAAGAAAUUGCUCGUUAUAUUGCAACAUUGAAUCAAUAUAAAACUUUUAGUGAAUAUUGGGAUGAGAACCAACAACAAUUACCAAUUUUAUCUUCAAUUGCACGUCGAUACAAUAUAAUGUGUGCAACUGCCAUCGAUUGUGAGAGUGCAUUUAGCAUUGCAGGAUUUUUACAACGUAAAAACAGAUCGAAUUUGGCACCAUCAACACUACGUUAUUCAAUGAUCUUACGUGAGCAAAAACAAACAUAA